GUUGCUGCGGCAGUUGUCGCGUUGGACUCGCUGAGAGUUGUACACUCAGAUUUCGCUUCAAAGUGCGUGGUAUCUGUUUGUUUUCUUUCUUUCGUUCAUUUACUUUGUUUUAAAUAUUAAAAGCGCUUUUGUUGUAUUGUUGCACUCAGCAGUCUAAGUGUGAGCAUCAUCAGCCAAGGAUGUUGUUGCUGGUGUUUGUGUUGGCCAAUCUUCUGCUGCUGUCUAGCAGCAACAGCCUGCAGGACAACGUCACUAGCAUUAGUUCGGAUGGAGCACCGGCAUUGUAUACGACCAAAGCGGGCUGCGAGGCAUUGCUGAAGGGGAACAAUGAGUGCGAGUGUAAGAAUCAGCGGAUCAAGUGCGGCAUGGUUACGUUAAGCAGCUCAAAUCAGCUUUAUAGCAUCAGCUGCAGCAUUUUCGAUGUGCGCGGCUUUGGCUAUUUGCCGCCACUGAAGGCCGGUCGCAUUGGACCGCUGAGCAUCAACAAUUGUGCCAUACCCAAUGAGCAGACCAUUCGCCAAGCGCUGCUCAAGCUGGGCGUGAGCAACUACACUCAACUGGAGGUAUCGAACUACUUUGAGACGCGUGACGAGCGCGAUGAGCUACUGCAGCAGCAUUUCACCAACUAUCCGGGCCUCAAGAAACUAUCGCUAAUCGGUUUCAAAGCGACGUUGCCGGCCAACUUUUUUGGCAACGUCACAGAUAUCACAGACCUAACGCUCAAGGGUCGCAGCGAUUUGCCAGGCACACUCUUGCAUCCUCUUGUGCAUCUGAAUCGCCUCUCGAUUGUUGUGCGCAACAUGGCAAAUGUGGCAAGUGAAAUCUUUGCCAAGCAAACUGAAUUACUGCAACUCUCGCUCGACUGUUCGCUGAAGAACAGCAGCGUGGACAUGUCGUUGCUUAGCUCUCAGGAGCUGUGGCACAUGACCAAGUUGCGUGGCUUUGAGUUGCAUAACUGCGGUGACAAUGUGCCCGCUGAGUUGUUCUGGAAGUCGGAGAAUCUCUCAUACAUUGGCAUACGCAGUAACAUCAGCUAUCUGGGCAGGGAUUUCCUGAAGGCGCAAAAGCAAUUGCUGGUGCUGCACUUGGAACGCAACAACAUUGCCCGGCUGCCAGACGAACUGUUUCAUCACUCGCCGCUGCUGCUGGAGAUUCAUCUGGCCCACAACAAUCUGGAUCGCAUUCAAGGUGGACUCUUCGAUAAGCUCAAUAAUCUCCAAAUACUGAACCUGGAGCAUAAUCCAAUCACAACCGUUGCGUUCAACGCCUUUGCUGCGGUGUCCACGGCUCGCAUCUACAUCGGACAUCUGUUCAAGCAACUGAAUACCGCGGAUUGGGCGCGUGCCACAAAUGCCACGCUCUGCGAGGAGGAAUAUGUCAACGGUGUGUGUCGCUAUUGCAAGCGCGAUGAGUUCCUCGAUCACUUCUCGGACAAGGAGACGUGCAACAAGCGCAAUGAUCCCGGCAAACUGAUCGAGGUGCUGACUCGCAAAGUAUUUGAAAAUCGCCUCAAGUUCUCGCCCAGCUAUCAGGCCAAAUUGAUGGACGACACUUUGGAAGAGACCAAAUCGCUGAAGCAACGCGAUGGAGAACAACAGCAACAAUAACUAAAUAUUACUUCAAACUAAAUUGUAAGACUAACAACAAUUUUCAUUAAACAAUAAAAAUCGAUUCUAA